ACUUGUACAUUGAUUUGAAAGAGAAUUAUGUUAGAAAAUGAGUUCGAAAAUGAAGUAACUCGGCUUCAUAGUGAAGGAAAAUUUAAAGAAAUAAUUGCAUUAAGUGAAAGCGUUGAAUGUUACAAAGCACAGAGAUUACUAUGGGUUUGGCCGACCUUUAAUGAUCUGAAUUGGAUAAAAGAAAUUAUCAUUGAUUACAAUUUGCAUGGAAUUAUGAGUAUCGGUUGUGGAACUGGACUUUUAGAAUGGAUUAUUCAGCAAUACUUGAAUUGUGAUGUGAUUGGAGUUGAAGCCGACCAAUGCUGGUGGAGCAGUAAAUAUUCACCGCCUUGUUUUCUAAGCAAAAUAAUAUUUUGUGAUAGAAAAAAUCCAUCAGUCAACAUUCCAACAAAUUAUGCAAUUUUAUUUUGUUAUUUCAAUAACGGACAAGCAUUUGAAAAUUAUUUGAAAAUUUAUCAAGGAAAUGUUAUUUUAAUUAUUGGUCCAAAUGAAGGGCAAAAUCGAUAUACAGAUCCACUGCCUUUUGAUGUUAAAUUUGAUAAAUUAGGAUGGAAAUUAAGUAGAAUGAGAAAGUUGGAUAAUAAUACCGAUUGUAUUACUGUAUAUACGAGAUAAAUGGAAGUACAUAAAAAAUAGUAGAGUAAUUGAAUUUAUUGCCUGAGUAGCAUGGAAUAUUUAUUGCUUGUUACUCGAAGUUUAUUUUCUUAUUAUAUAAUAUAAAUACGUAGUCAAACUAUCUCAUUUAAAUUUCUUCAAAACUUGUUGAAAAUAGUUUCUUUACUUAAAACUCAUCUUUAGUAACGACUAAAGCGUAAAGCAUGCCGACGGGCGAUGUUUGCAAAUCAUUAACUGGACAGUAAAGUACAGGUAGCAUCUUAACACACUUGGCUUAGUUUCAAAGCAAGAGCACAUUCAUUCUAAUACUAGCUUUGUAAUUCUUCUAUUCCUGUAGUAUCACGAUUUAAAUACCAGCAAAAUGGGUUGACUCUAAAUGUAGCUGCUUUUUUUACAAAGACCUUGGUAAGAUAAAUAUAACUUUUUAAUUAUAAAGUAUUUUUUAUUUUUUUUUAAAAGACAAGGCUGGAGUGAUUUUUAUUGA